UGAUACAUUCAAGCACAUAAAGACUUUGUAAGAUUAUAACAUGUCUAGAGAGUUUCCUAGAAGUCUGGCUGAUUGCCAAGAGUCUGAUCGCACUUUAAAAAAUUAUUCAGGUGAUCCAGCAAGUCCUAGUGUCAUGAUAUUUGGAUUUUUGGAAGAGGGUUUAGAAUCGUCAAACAGCUCGUAUUUUUCUUCUGGCAAUAGUGAUAGCUCUGGAGAUUAUGUUGCUGAGGAAAUGGAUGAUGAUGAUGAUGAUGUAGAUUCUUGCAGUGCUGAGAAGAAUAAGGUGUUUUGGGAAUCACAAGACCAACUUCUACAGGCAACUUUGCGAAGGAGCAGCUCUGCAGAGUCAAAGAUAAGAAAAACAACCAAAGAGACUAUAAGGGACAUAAAAUUGGGAGGUACUACUUGUGUUUGUCGGAAACCGUUGGCAGAUUGCAGAAAUUGCCUGCAAAAAGAAAUAUCUCUCCGCCUUCAAACUGCAAAGUACAAUUGUGCCAUAUGCAAGUCGAAGUGGAUGAGUACAAAAGAAAUCCCAUCAGGGGAUCAUACAUAUUUAGAAGUGGUAGACAACUCAAGUAUCAACAAAGGAGAAAUCAGAGUGGUUAUUGAGUUAAAUUUCCGAGCUGAAUUUGAGAUAGCCAGAGCUGGAGAAGAUUACUGCCAACUGACCAACCGACUACCUGAGGUGUAUGUUGGAAAAACUGAAAGGCUGAGAGCUGUGGUGAAGAUUUUAUGUUCUGCUUCCAAAAAGUGCAUGAAAGAAAGGAAAAUGCAUAUUGCUCCAUGGAGGAAGCAGAAGUACAUGCAAGCUAAGUGGGUUGGUGUCCGGGAGGUGAGUGCUACCACAGCAGUCCUGCCAUCAGGGGGACGCUUUGUGGAAUGGUCGCGGCCAAGACAGAGGAGGGCCUCAAUGCUUUCCUUUGAUUUGCUUGAGACUUCGCCUGCUUUGCAUUGCCAAGCUAUAAAAGUUUUGUAAUUGUCAUCAAGUAAGAUUAAAAGUCUUGUACGAUGAAUAAAAUAUAAAAGUUUUGUGACUUUUGGAAGCUAUAAAA